UGAUUUUUCACUUAUGACAAAUCGGAAUAAUCUCGUUAUGAGUAAGUCAGCCUCUUAAUUUAUUUACACUGCGUCUCUCGAUAAGGAUACAAUGUUACCUUGGUUAGUGGUACAUCAUAGUUUCGACCACCUUAACCAUCUUAAGACUUGGCCAUCGAAAAUAAGUAAAGCCUUGGCCUUUAGGGCUAUCAGCAAGACAACCUCGGAAUAAGAUGAGACCCAGAUUCAAUUAACUACAGAAAAACUAUCAUUUAGAGGUACGGACCUUAUUCAGGGCUUUGUCUUGUUGAUAUCUACCCCAAGAGGCACCUAUCGAGUCGAAGAUAAUAGACUGAUUUACGUUGUGAUGGUUCAAUCUCUUUGUUCUGAAACAAGGUUGCUAUGGAAUUGUUGUGAUUACAAUUCCAUUGUAAAUAAGCCUUUCAUUUUUCCUCUUGUUCUAGAACAAUGUUGAUAAUAAUGCUAUAGAACAAAUGAAUUACUCUGAAUCUCCUAUAAAUGUCCUCGAGACUUAUCGUUCGCCGUCGUUUCUAUCAUGUUUUCUCUAUAAAAGACACGACAGAAACAACAAUCUCCUAGGUAGAACAUUCAACCGCCAAUUCUUCCUAGAUAUUUAGCAGUGUAGUAAUAGCAAGCUCUUUAUUACGCUUCUACGUAUCUAGAUACUUAGGCAACACUAUUCAUCAUGCCGUGCGACUGUAAACGCCUCACGCUCCGCUACGCUUGCCGCCACAAGGAGCAAGAAUUUUAUAGAUGUUGGCGAUAUAACCUCAUCCGGAAUUAUUUCUGCCUGGGCCACAUGCUUUCAAGCUGCGACCCGGUGCGUAGUACACAAUUUGUACAGCGAGUGUGUCAUGACUGUCUCGAUUUCUUCGCUGAAGAAUUUGGCAAGAAAGCCGCUAUUCCUGUAAGCCAGAAAUUUCUUGAGUAUAAGUUUAACAACGGGCUUUAUAAUCAAACGAUCGAUCCUAGAACUGUUCAUCGCGACCAAUAUAUCAUCUCCAAGUCGGCUCUCCAAAAACUAACACAAGAUGCUACGGAAGCUAGACAUGCUAGAGAAGCCAGGCAUGCCAGAGAAGCUGAGAAGACCGCAGAAGCUGAAAUUAAUAGAAGGCGAUCGCUACGAGUUCCAAGUAUACAAGUCCCACGAGCUCCAAACAACUCCCCAGUUGGACUUCGACCGCCGCCGCCUUUAGUCCACCGAAAGAGACACCAUGAUCGACAUCAUAAGAACCCCAAAGCACAGCCCGUCCAUACAGAUGCUGGCUCUUCGAGAAGGAAUUCCGUAAAUCCUAAAUAUUUUCAAACCCCGAACGAGUAUUCUUACGUUAUAUCUACUGAGGUUGGCCCCUUUCUAUCGGAGAUACCGAAUGGAUGCCCGGUCACGGAAUACGGGAGUAACACGGUUAUCGAUCUUUCCGACCUAGUCAGUGACGAUUUUGAUUAUCCUCCCAGCGCUCGCGGUAGACCGCCUAGCGGGCCACCGGUUCAACCAAAACCCAUUCGUCCAACAACAAGGUCUUAUGACCUUCCGCUAAAGCGAUCUGACUGCUCCCUCGUCCGACGAAUAACUGAACAGGCUGAAGAGCUCGAUAUUCAAAGUCAUCCUGAUUGUGAAAAUGAAAGAGUGCCUAGUCUGCCUGCUUUUCCCAGACUUCAGCGAGCACCGAAAGUUCCUACCUGGCGUAAGGAUACCCCUGUACCCGCUGCUGGCAUUGCCAAUGAAGAGAGAAUGGCCAAAAGUGUUAGCUUUGCCGAACCAUCGAAAAUCGAUAACGCUCCCCGGAUCCGCACCGCCCCUGCUACAUUCGUACGGGCUAAACCAUCGGCAGACUCACUCAUGGUCGAAACAGGCACAUUGUUGGAUGUGGUCUCAAUCCCGCCAAAGCGAAUUUCCGGCGUACGUGCACCAGAUAGCGCGGUGUUCUACCAUGAGCGUGGUAUACCGUCCACUGCCUACCUUGAUGAGAAAAGUCAGGAUGGGGACAAUGACGCUCAGUCCACAAUGCUUGUUUCUAUAAGUACACCUUCCCCUACCUUUUCGUACGCUGUACAAUCCUGCUUUUGCAACCCUGGAGAUCUCAAUGAAAAGGUAUGUCUUAGCUGCGGCGAGAGACAGCGGCUUGAAUGGGCGGGCAGGGCGUACUCGUUCAUUCUUCUUUCUUGA